AUGCAGCCGGAGGUGCCGGCGGCGACGCAGCAGCAGCAGCGGCGGCGGGGGCCUCCCGGGGCGCGGGCGGGAAAAUUGGAUCCUGCCGGCACCAGACCCUACGUCCCGCUGGGCUCAGCCCGACCCCGAACAGUGGGUGCUGCCUGGUCGCCCUCGGCUGCAGGGCUGUACUAUCUGGCGGAACUGAUUGAGGAGUACACGGUUGUGACCAGGAGAAUAAUCAAAUACAUGAUCUGGUUCUCCUCAGCUGUGCUGGUUGGCCUCUACCUCUUCGAACACUUCCCUGGUUUCAUGGUGGGCGUGGGGCUCUUCACCAACCUGGUCUACUUUGGUUUGCUGCAGACCUUCCCCUUCAUUGUCCUGACGUCCUCCAAUUUCAUUCUGUCCUGCGUGCUGGUUAUAUUCAAUCACUACUUAGCGUUCCAGUACUUUGCCGAGGAGUAUUACCUGUUCUCUGAGGUUCUCGCCUACUUCACGUUCUGCCUGUGGUUAAUUCCUUUUGCUUUUUUUGUCUCCUUGUCGGCUGGAGAGAAUGUCCUGCCUUCCACGGUGCAGCCUGGAGACGACGUCGUCUCCAACUACUUCACCAAGGGGAAGAGGGGCAAGCGCUCCGGUAUCCUCCUUAUCUUCUCUGUCAUCAAGGAGGCCAUUCUGCCCAGCCGACAGAAGAUUUACUGA